UGCGAAAGUGCAAUGAAAUUAUAAAGCAUAGUAUAUGUAUUUUGCGAUUUGGUUGUCAUUUACGUCCAAAAUCAGAUCAAUACUUCUUCUCCCGACAAGUUGUUUCAAAAUAAAAACCGAUCAAAAUGGUGCCAGAGUCUGGUCCCCUCGUGACAACGUCGAAGCGGCGCGUGGUGUAUCGGCGGAGCACCUGGGCCGUUCACGAGUUCGAGGUGUGGAGCGGCGAGCUGGUGUGCCGCGUGGCCGCGCUGCGCAUGAAGGGCUCCAUGCUGCUGUGGCUCGGUGGCACUAGCCCGGAGCUGGGAGAGCUGGCGUUAGGUCUGCCGGUUUCUGAACGGGGCGCGCUGGCAACCUCGCUGAGCGACGAGAAAGCUGGCGACGGCGCUGCCGGCCUAGCACGGCGUCUAGCACUCGCCUUACAGCGUCCAGUUUGGGUGGCUGCAUCACUCCCCUUCGACCGUUUUUCAGCGCCGCUUAUUGCACGCGGAUUGGUUAAGGAGAUAAAGAGUCGCCCAGAUUUCUUCAAGGAGCCUUGAAGACGUGGUAAAUAAGUUGAGUGCUAACUGCACUGUUUUGGGGAGAGAAGUGGGACUGUGGGAUGAAAUUGGUGUCUCUAUAUUAGGAGAGCAUUUAUUGGUCUGUGGUCUAUGGUGGAAGAUAUUGUUAAUAUUACAAACUAAUUGUGAAAUUACAUUUAUCCAUUUUGACUGCUGUAAAUAAAUAUUAAUUAAUUGACUCUUAGCUAGCUGAAUCGCUGACUCCAAAUCUCCAAACCAAAUAAGCGAUCUCCAAACUACUACUAUAUAUUUUCCAUACAAUCUAGUUUGUGAAAAGAAGAUGCAGUCUAGUGGUCCAGUGUAGCCCUCUGGUCAAAAAGUUUGGAGAUGUUUAGUUUCCAAACUUUCCUGUUUAAAUUUAAUUUAAGUAUCAUAAUAGCCAUAGGCAAUCAUCUAACAUUAUAUUAAAUUAUAAAAAAAACUGAGCCUUUAUUCAAAAUUCAUGUGAUUUUAGCCAUUUUGGCACUGUAGCUAGGUUGAUAUUAUUAUGAAAUAUUUAAUACCUCCUUAUAAUAUUCAGGAUGUAUUAUAUUGUAGUGUAUUAGGAACUAAACAAU